AACCGCAGAAGGGAAGAUCAAUGACCGCAGCAACUUAAACCUCCAACCCUAGAGAUUGGGGGAAACUGUCUGUCCACCACGGCGGUGCGAUAAAUUGAUCUACUUGACAUUCAACACAACUUGCGCAAGCUAAUUGACUUAAGUUGUGGAAGUAGAUUACCGGGACGGUGCGUGGGCAAUCGUCAAUUUUCUCCGAUGGAUUCACCUGCCGGAACGCCGGUCCCUGUGUAUGAAACCCUAGCCAUUCUUCCCCUUUCUUCUUCCGCCCCAACAUCACCAUCUACCCCUACCACCGAAGGCCCCGUGCCGCCUCAAUCUCCCGAGCCUUAUACAGUGCUCCGCAAUGAAGUAGCCCCCGACGAAGUUCCUUCUGCAUGCGUGGUGACGUCGGCGGCUCCCGAGUUCUUUUCUCUUGAUGUUUGCGACGAUGAAGUUGAGGACGCAGAGUUCAGGACCCCGAGUGGAGAAGCUGAGUCGACCAGUCCUGUGGUAACUGGAACUGCUGAGCCGGUGGGUGAGACGGAGCCCAGGCUGGAGAGUGGAUGGUUUAGUGGGAAUGGCAGGUUUAAGAGUCCCUUGUUGCAGCUGCAUAAAGAGAUAGUGGAUUUCUGUGAUUUCUUGUCCCCUACUCUUGAAGAACAAGCUUCACGUAGAGCAGCAGUGGAAAGUGUUUGUGAUGUUAUAAAAUAUAUAUGGCCUCGUUGCAAGGUGGAAGUUUUUGGGUCUUUCAGGACUGGUCUUUAUCUUCCAACAAGCGAUGUUGAUGUUGUAAUUUUGAACUCGCAUGUUGUGAGUCCACAAACUGGUUUACAUGCUCUUUCCAGAGCUUUGUCUCAAAGAGGAAUUGCAAAGAAGAUACUGGUCAUUGCAAAGGCUCGUGUGCCGAUCAUUAAGUUUGUAGAAAAAAGAAGUGGCAUCUCAUUUGACUUAAGUUUUGAUUUGGAGAAUGGUCCAAAAGCUGCUGAUUUUAUUCAGGAUGGAACUCUAGGGCCUCACAGCUUGACUAGUUUAGUUAUAAAAGUUUGUAAUGCAAUCAUCUUGGCGUUUCGUUCUUUACAUAAUAUUCUAUGGAGGUUGGACGAUCCUCAGGACGCAGUAGCACAGUGGCCUUCUUUACGACCUUUGUGUCUAAUUUUGAAAGUAUUCUUACAACAAAGAGAACUCAAUGAGGUGUACACUGGUGGGGUAGGUUCGUACGCGCUGCUUACCAUGCUGUUGGCUGUGUUAAAGAAUCUGAGUUUGGAUCGUACUCCAGAACACAAUUUGGGAGUUCUCUUGAUACACUUUUUUGAUCUAUAUGGCCGCAAAUUGUGCACCAGCGAUGUAGGUAUCUCUUGCAAUGGAUUCUUUUCAAAGCGUGCCAAGGGGUUUAUGAAUAAUGGAAGGCCAUUUCUCAUUUCCAUCGAGGAUCCACAGGCACCUGGGAAUGACAUCGGCAAGAACUCCUUCAACUAUUUCCAGGUUAGAUCAGCAUUUGCCAUGGCCCAUUCAACUCUGACAAAUCCGAAGACAAUCUUCAGUUUGGGCCCAAACAGGAGCAUUCUGGGGACCAUCAUUAGACCAGACCCAGUGCUGCUGCAGCGCAAAGGAGGGCAGAACGGGGACGUAACCUUCAACAGUUUGUUACCUGGAGCCGGGGAGCCAUUACAGUCACGAUAUGAUCACCAGGAGAUCAUGUGCAAUUGGCAGUUGGACGACGAGGAAGCAUUGCCUCGUGGGAAUGGUGGGUUUGCCGAGGACCCAUCGUCUUCUGGAAAGAAGCGGAAGUUGGCUUCUUCCAGUGUGGGCAGGAAGUCGAGCAAGAAGAGAUCAAAAGAAGAGAAUGGUGGCAGUGAGGUUAAGAAGCUCAAGGACAAAUCAUCAGCCAAGAAGAGCUGGACGGAAGAGAAGGGAUCAGCAAAGAAGAAAGCACGAUGGAGACGAUCCAAGAAUGGCCCGUCAAAUGGUCCUGCUCCUGGUUCUUCGUGAUGCAAACGUGUGUUGCUGUCUGUCUCAGUUUAGUCUCACUGGUGUGCUGUUGCCUGCAGCAUAGCUUGCAUUUUUCGCGCAACAGUUUUUGUUAAGAGUCGAAUUUGGUUUUGUAGGUGACAGGAAAGCAAGCUUACUAGCUUAGGUUGUAUGUGUAAAAAGUUCUUAUGAUUCUGGUUUCAGUAAUUUUUGUAUCUGAUUAUUGUAUCCGACGGGAAAGCAAGCUUACUAGCCAAGUGAUUGUAAUUUAUACAAAACAUGGUCAAAGCAAAACAAGAAAGAACUGGUAUGGUUGGCUCUGAGAGAUAACCUAUGAAUUUGCACUUCACAUCUCCUAUCUUUCCUCUUCGUUUUUUCAUGUUAAG